UAUUAUUCAUUUAUUUACUGUAGUUUUAUAUAUUAGCUAACAAAUUUUAUCCACAGCAUUAUUGUUACACACAGAUAACUAUAAAGUAUACUUUGAUAAUGGAAGGAUUUAUGCAUUAUUUAAAGACACGUACUGCAAGCCUUUUAACAGAACUUGACAAAAGACUUUUGGUGGUAUUAAGAGAUGGGCGUACCUUGAUUGGCGAGUUACGCUCGGUUGAUCAAUUUGCAAAUGUGGUCCUUGAAAAUACAAUAGAAAGAAUACAUGUGGGAAACAAGUAUGGUGACAUAUCACGUGGAGUCUUUAUUGUUCGUGGUGACAACAUAGUGUUGUUAGGAGAAAUGGAUGCAUUAAAAGAAAAAUCAAGUGGUUUAAAAGAGGUGACUGUCGAAGAAAUUUUGGAAGCUCAACGCGUAGAACUUCUUCAAAAAGAACAAUUAGAGAAAAGAUAUAACUAUUUGCGUCACGAAAGAGGUUUAGCACCUUUUAUGCCCGAUAUGGGUCUUGAUGAUUAUGCAUGAGAAACACGCUGCUAAUUGA